AUGCGCCAACAACGUCCGCAACAGUCACCUCUAACGACGCCGGAUGUAGUGCCACUAGAAAUUCGUUGGUACAAACCGGUGUACCGAUACAUUUUUACUGAUUUAGCAACACCUGUCUUCAUACCGAUUAUUUUACACCAGUAUAGAUAUUCGACGAUGGAAAUCGGUGUAUCCCCACCAUUGUCCAAAAUUAACAAUGAUAAUAUUAUCAAUUAUGCUUCCCAUUUCUCGCUAAUAUGUACUUAAUACAAAUUAAUUUGAAUAGGUAUUAAUUGUUAUCAAUUAAAUUAUUAUUAUUAUCAUUUAGCUGUUCGUUUAUUAUUUCGAGGGGGAAAUGAGAGGGAAUGAAACCGGUGUAAAUAGUUUGCACAUGUGAUGGUGCAGAAAAAUUAAAUCGGUGUCGUUAAUUUUAACACCGGUUAUUCCAAAAAACGUCUCAAAUUCACACCGGUUUGAUUUCCUAGGGAAAAUUUACAACGGUUUAUGCCAACGAAUUUCUUGCCAGUGUGCCACGGUCAUAAACCGUAAAAUAUACAAAUAUCGUUCCUAUAAUCAUAUUUCUGGAUUUUUUUAUCACUCAACUAGUCGUCAAGGUUUAUAGAUAAUAAACUAGAUUGCUAACUAGUGAUAUGAUGUGAAGUUAUUAUCUGUCAUUUUAAAUAGGCUAAAUGCAUGCAGAAAUUCCAAAAAAAUUUGAAUUCUUAUUUAAAUAUUUUAAAUGUAAUUUUUUUUGUCAUUGAUAUUUAUUUUUAUCACAAUCAUUAUGAUUGUAUAUUUUUAAAAAUACAUUUUUUUAAUAUAAUAUUAAUUUAAAGAAUUAUAUACUUCAUAUAAUUCUUUAAAUGUAUGACAUACAAUUUUAAACAAUAAAGGAAUUAUAUGUUAAAACCAGUCUGUUGUUCUUUAACAUAUUAUAUAGUAUAUUAUUUAUACAAUAAACCUAUUAUUUUCAGUACACGUUAUUUGUAUACAAUUUUUUCAAAAUGUUGUGAAGUUUAAUCACUGUAAUAAUCUUCUGGGUUCAAAAUACAUUAGCAUUAUCGUCAACUCUUUUUCCUGAAAGUAUAGAUUAUUGGUAUGUAACAGACAUUGGUGAGCAAGACCUCACAAAAUUAAAUUAAUCAACCUAAUUUUACACACAUAUUUAAAUAUAACAUUACACUCUUAUAACUAAAUAUUAACUUAUUCAAUAAUGAAUGUGGCUAGCAAAAGAGCUACAUAAAACUUUUAUUUUACAACAUGUAAAAGUAUUUAUUUUUUUAUAUUAUUUAACAUCGUUUUAAUUUGUCAAAAUACCUAUACACCUACUACCUAGUUAAGAAACUGUUCUAUUAAACAUACCUAAGUAUUAUUAACAAAUAAUAAUAUAAUAAUAAUAUAAUUGGUAAUAAGAUAGUAUUUACAGAAUAGUAUUUUAAUACACUUACUUAAUUUAUACGUUUAUAUAUAAAUUAUAAACAUAACAUGAAAUUAUUCAAUAGAUUAUCAUCAAAAUUUUAAAUUAAUUAGACAACACAAUAAAUUAUAAAUUAAUUGACAAAUGUCAAAUAAUAAAAUACAUUUGUUACCUUCAUGAAAAAAAGACAUUUUCAAAUUUUAAAUAUCAAAACAUUUAUUUUCAAAGAGAAAUCAGUGAGAAAUUAUAUUAUCAAAAUUAUUACAUGAUAAGAUACAAAUUACCUACUAGUAAUGGCGGUUGUAAGGCUUCAAACGUUUAUAUAGUUAGUAUAGGGAACCUAGCAGUCUAGUUUAUUAUCUAUAUCUGUAUCGUUACCAAAAAAUAAUAUAUUGUAUUAUUUACGUCGCUACUCGGUUCUGUGAUUGUACGUAGAUCCUAGAUACCUAUAGUUUAUUAAUAUAUUAAUUUAUAUAAUUGAAAAAUAGAUAGGUACUUUCAGUACUCAUUUUUUCAGUGUAAUACCAUAAUAGAUAAGAUAAUAUUAUGAAUUCCCAUCUGUGAAGUGACCAUGUUUUGCAGUGGUUGGAAACUUGGAAACGCCAUUUCAGCGAUGGAAAAAUUACGAUAAAGAUUGGAAGGUUAUUGUUAUAUCAAAACUUUUUUUUUUUAUAUACAUAUGUGAUUUUUUUUUUGUAUUUUGUUAAAUAUAUUUGAAGUUUAAAUUAAAUUAAAACUAUAAAAUACUGGUCUUAUAAUGAUUUGUGGAUUUUCUUUUUAAUAAUUCCAUUGUUUUACUUCAAUAUAAUUAGAUAAGCCAAUUAGUUCUUAAAAUACUUAAGCUUAUUGGAAUUAAAACUAUCUAUUUUGUUUGUUUCAAUUUGAAAUGUUUAAAAAAUAAAGGAAUAUUUAUGUAUUUUACAUAAUUUUUAUUUAGUAGGUACCUUGUAGAUAUAAUUGUUUGGCUAACCAAAAAUGAAUGAAAAUUAAACAGUAGAUUCAUUAUAAAUUGUAUCUAAAUAGUGGUAAAAAAAAUAUACUUAUGUAUCAACAUUUGUUUAUUUUUUAAUGUUAAAUUUUUAAUAAAAUCGUAAGUAAUAUGUUCAAAAAUUGUAAAUAUUACAGCCUUACAAAUCAUGUAUAACCGUACUUCGCUCAGAAUCAGCAAUGGUUUAUUGUUGCUUACAAAUAUAAAUAUAAAUUAAAUAACUAUGUAUGCUACUUUAUCAACUUACCACACACAAUAAUGAUGCACCCAAAAGCAGUAUCAGCAUUUUUUUUUUUUCAAUUAUAAUUAUUUUUUUACAAUGUUUUUAUUUUAUCUAUUUCUGUUUUUUCUUGAAAAAGUGAGUACACAUGUUCCAUCUUAUAUCACAAUUUUUAGAAAUUGUAUAAAGUAUUUUUUUACUUUGUGAUUAAUGAUAAUAUUUGUUUUGAUUUAAAUUUAACUGUAAUUAUAAGACUAUAAUGACCAUUUAAUCUUAUGGUCUUAUCUUUAUUUCUUAGAUAUAUGUAUAAAUAAAUCUAAGAAAUAAAGAAAUCUUAGUUAUUUUUUUGAAAUAUAAUAAUGUUAUUAUAAUUGCAGGCGAUCUUCAAUCUACAACCCUGCCAACCAACGCGGGAUCUGGUUGUGACGGACCAAAAAGAGGUAAUAUAAUAUUUUCAUUGUUAUUACAAUUACUUAAGUAGCCUUGAAUUUUGUGUUAUGAAUAACUGAGAUUUUGUUUCUUAAUUAAGUAUAAAUACCUAACCAUAAUGCUCACAUUUAAAUAUAGUACUAAUCAUUGUCAAAAAUAUUAAGGGGCAUUUAGGGGUUAGCUUUUUAAAAUGUAUUCAUGCUUUUUCCAAAUCCAGCCCUUAUCAAGUAUAUAAAUACUAAUAUAGGAUGUACAUAAUCAAUAUUAUUUAAGCCCCAACCCUAAAAUAUUUUAUCUAUUGCACCUAUGAACCUAAGUUCUAAUACUAAUGUAAGUUAAAAUCAAUAUUUUACAGUGUUUUUAACAUGCAUAAUAAUUGCCAAUAGUGAAUUUAUACAAUUUUAAAACAUAAUAAUACUGUACAAAUGUACAACACAUUUAUACCCCCAUCCUACAGGUACAUGAUGCUGAGAGGAUAUAGGUAGUUAAUUUUAGAUUCCAAGUGUUUCUAUAGAAAGUUUUAUAGAAAUUUAAUUUUAGUAUAAGAUUUAUUUUUCUGAGUUUUUAUAUGUUUAAAUGCAGGCAAUGAUAGAUACAUAAAAUAAUUGUUAAACAAAAUGCUUUUACAUUCUGUUCUAUAAUAAUUGCUCAUUAAAUACUCAAUUAUACAUUUGUACCAAAUAUGGAUACCUUAAAAGUAUAACAUUUUUUUUUAUUGUAUUUAGUUGGAGGGGGUCAUAUACUCAUGCACCACUUAUAAAUGUAUAUGUAAAUUAAAGCUUACUUGUAGUACGAAGUAUGUUCAGCUUGUUUUUUUAAGUUUCUCAAUUUAAUGUUUUGUAUAACUCCUCGUAUUAGCCCUUGUAUUGUAAUCAUCUAAUAGUUUUUACUUAAAUAUAUAUAAUAUACAUAAUACAAUAUAUAAUAAUAUAAUAAUAAAUUAAAAACAAAAUUAUUAAAUGGUUACAAUGUUGUACAUAUAAUAUAAUGCAAUUCUAAAAAUAUCUAUUUUUUUUUUUGUGACUAGGUAAAUGUAUUAAUGAAGCUGUGUGCUUAAAAUUAAAUGGCGUGGUAAAUGCAGUUUGUCAGAACCCUGGAAUUAAUACUAAUGAGGUUUGUUGCUCUUGUAAGUACAUAAGUUAAUAGUAUAUAAUAUGUAUAAUAAUAUGAAUUACUGCGGUAUAUCUUUACUAUUAUAUUAAUAACACUUCAUAGAUAAAUUUAAAAAUUAAAUGGUUUAGUACCUUAAAAACUAUAAAAACAUGUUCUAAAAUUGGUACUAAUUUCUUAUUUUAAAAGACUGUUUGAUUAUCCAAAGGUAUUAGAAUAAUUUGAAAUAUUUAUUAUGAUGAAAAACAUUAUAAUGCAAUUUCUUAAGUUAAAAAGUAUCCUAAAAUAUAUAUUUAAAUUAAAUUAUAUAUAUAUUUGAAAUUUAUGGAAUAUGGAUAAUCUAUUUAUAAAAUGAAAAUAAAAGUAUCUAUUGUCUAUAUGACUAUAAUCCGCUAUAGUGCAGUGACCCCGAAAGUGACCUCAGUCGACUUUUGAGACUUAGUAAAUUUUUUGUAUGUUAAAUUUAAUUUUAAUUUUUGUACUUACUUAUGGGUAUGAAAUAAAUUAAAUUAUAAAGUAUACUACUAUAACUAGAUAUCACAAAUAAUUUUUUAUUACAAAUUAUAAUAUAAUUAUUUCUAGUUUAUACGAAACCUUCUAAAGUCUAAUCCACCAAGUGUGUCUUUGUGUUUUUUCUUCUUUUGCUCUUUAAGAAUAAAAACAUUUUUGUAAAUGCAAAUAAUUUUCUUUCUCAUACUAUAUUUAUAUUAAAUGAUUUAAUGAUUUAAAGGAUCUUACAUAGGUAAUUUUUUAAAACUAUUUUUUUAUCUGGUGUCAACUCAUCACAACAGGCCACAGAGAAUCCAUUAUAGAACCAUAUAUUUUAUCAUUUGAAAUUCAAUAAAAUAUUUUUUAUAUGGUGAUUAAUGAUCAUAUUUGUUUUCAUUUUAAUUUAAUUGAAAUUACAAAGCUAUAAGAUCAUUAAAACUUUACUCGUUAUAAAUAAAUUUAACAAAUAAAUUGUAUGUUUAUUAGUUGUUUUUUAAAAAAAAAAUAUAAUGAUAUUAUUAGUUCCAGAUCAUCUCCAAUCCACAAUUACAGUUAUGGCCGGUCCCAAUUGCAAAAACCCAGAAGGAGGUAAUAUAAUAUUAUUAUUAAAAUUAUUUAGGAAGCCUCGAAUUUUGUGUGAUGUAUAACUUUAAUUUUGUUAAUGGAAGGGGGUGUUAAUCCUCUCGAGACUAUGUUCUUGUGCGCCUGGUGCAAAGUUUGUUCAGUUAAUUUUUUUUUUAAGUUUCACAGUAUUAUAACGUUUUAUAUAAAAUAUCAUCAUAAUAGCCUUUGUACAAUAUUUUUUACCUACAUACAUAUAAUAUACAUGUACAGUAAACAAUAUACAGUUAUAUAGUAUUUAUUGUUAUACAAUGUUAUAUGUAUAUAAUACAAUACAAUUCCAAAAAUAACUCAUGACAUUAUUUUUUUUUAUGACUUCAGCUAAAUGUAUUCACGAAGAUAUGUGCUUUGAAUUAAAUGGUGUUGUAAACGGAGCUUGUGAUAUCCCUGGAUAUGAUUCUCGUGGGAUUUGUUGCACUGGUAAGUAUAUACAUAAUAUUUAUAAUAUAUUAUUAUAAUCUAUAUAAUUUAGAAGAUAACAUUUCCUGACUGAUUCAUGAUCACACAUCCCCAAACCACUAGACAAAUAGGGUUGAAUUUCGGCAUACAGAUAUUAAUUAGGCAUCCUCUAAGAAAGGAUUUUUUAAAAUUCAACUCUUAUGGAGAUAAAAUAUGGGUUUUAAUUAAUUUUGAUUCAAAUAUCUCAUUGUUUAUUUAUUUUUUUUUUUUUAUUCAUGGAGCUGAGGGGACAGCUAGUACUUGUGUAAUAUGCAGUGCUUGGAUUUUAAAGCACAAUAAAUAACAAAAAAAAGUAUCCAAAUGUUUGAAAAAAAUGUAAAUUAAACAAAUAAAAAAUGUAUAACCAAAAAUUAACCUAAGUUAUAAAAUUAAUUAAAUAAAAAAAUUGAAAAAUUAUUUUAAAUUAACAACUAUAACAUUUUCAGAUUGUCUGUAGUAAAACUUAAUCUAUUGCCAGACAAAAUAUUAGUAUAUAGAGAAAAUGAAUUCUCUACAGUGUAGAGUCACAGCAGUAAGUACUCUCAGUAGUAAUCAGUGCAUAUAUUAUACCAGGUGAUUCAUUUAAGUGAGCACACUCAUUAUCUUGGAAAAUAUUAAUUUUUUUUCGGAAUUUGUUUUCUAGAACAUUCAAGAAACAAGCAGCUCUAAAAUCUAAUAUUUAUAUAAUUUUGUUCACCCUUAUUUUUGAAGGUAAAACCACUACCUACUUAUAAUUUUCAAACGGCAACCUAUGUUAAAAAGUCAAUAAAUAGAUGGAGUAUUAGUUAAAAUUAAUUUUAGUGUUGAAAUUUUUGAUUUCCGUUCAUCCGUUGAAGAUAUAUUCCACUGUUAAGUUUGAGUUGGAGGAGAGUAGUANAAUCAAAAAUUUCAACUCUUAAAUUUGUUUUAAAUAAUAAACCUUUUAUUUAUGAAUUUUUUAAUAUGGGUUGUCUUUUGAAAAUCAAAAGUAGGUAGUGGUUUUACUCCCAAAAAUAAGUGUAAAUAAAUAAAUAAUCUAUAUAUAAAAUUAUAGACCUGCUUAUUUCUUAAAUGUUCUAGAAAAUAAAUUAUGAAAAAAAUUAAUGCUUUCCAAGAUAAUGAGUGUACCCCCUUAAAUGAAUCACCAGUAUAUUAAAUACUUGCAUGUAUCCUACACUUAAAAAAUUUGUGAUUUUUUACGUGUUCAAAUUUUCAUCAAAUUUAAGCCAUUUUUGAGCUAUUUAUAAACAUUUAAAUUGUAAUAAUUUUAUACUUAAUUUGUAUUUGGUAGGUAUUGUUAGACUAAAUGCUAUUAAUGCUUUCCAAGAUAAUGAGUGUGCUCUUUUAAAUGAAUCACCCGGUACAAGUUGUUUCGUUUAUCAAAUCCAUGACAACUAAUAUUUGAUGGAACACCACACAGUAUGUUCGUAGUGUCUCGUAAUUGUUUCCAACCUUUGUUUUUUGAAAUAAUAUGAUUUAAUUACCUGAAAUUACAGUUGUAAUAUCUGCAUUAGCUUCAUUCAAUUUCUUUUCUGUUUUUUGUGUGUUUAAUAAAGGUUGAUUACAUUGUAGUUAGGUAUUAAUAGCAUUAAUGAAAUCGUUUUUUAAUAAAAUAUAUUAGUUUUAUUAAUAUAGAUGAAAGCAAAAAAAAUAAUAGUCGGUAUUCUGUGUUUGACAUAGAUUGACACUUGUAUGUUGUACCUACCACAAUUCACGAUAUAUAUGGUACCAUGGUACCUACUGUCAUACUUCAUGAAACUAUAAGAAGUGUAUUUUUAAAAAAAUUUCUUAUUAAUUAAAUAAAAACUAUUUUAUUGUAAUAACACAAUAAACAUAUUAAAAUUCUUCAACUGGAAUAAUUUCAAAAAAUUAAUAAAAAAACAUUUACAUAAAAUAAAACUAAAAAAAAAAAUUGAUUUUUAUAAAAUCAAAAUUAUAUAUUUAAAAUCUAUGGAAUAUGAAAUUAAUUUUUUCCAGAUAAAGAUGUCAUUGUAUACAAUAAUAGAAUAUUUAUUAGAAAUUUAAUUACAUAUUAUAGAAUAAUUAGAUAUCUAUAUGGAUAUAUUCUUUACUUAGUCAAGAUUUGAUAAUAUAAUAUAAAUUUAUAAUAGUUUUUGUUAAUCUUUGUUUCUAACUUUGAAAUCACUUAAAGUAGACACUUAUAUAACAUUUGUCAUAAUUAUUGUAAUAUAGUGAAACAGGAACAAGAUUUUCAAAAAGUUGGGGUAAUGGACUAUGAAAAGAAAUUUGACACGUUCAAGUAUGUCAAUCCAAAUUACCCCGGAAUGUUGAACAGCAUAGGCAAUCAUUUAUUUACGUUCAAAAGGGUAUCCAGAAGUAUACACCAAAUUCGUUUGGACUUUAUUACUUUUAAUCUGGUAAAUGUAUAGCUACAUUUUGAAACAUGACUGGAUUUUUAAUCUAUUAUAAUCAAAGUGUGUCUUUUAUAAUAAUAUGUUUGCACUUUGCAGGCACUGCCCAAUGAAACAACUAAAGUUUGUACAGAGGAUGUAAUGGUUAUUACGCAUGGAUCGUCCAAAGAAUUCAAAAUUUGCGGUCCUUAUAAUGACAAACAUGGUAAGAGAUAUUCUUCUUUCAUACACAACAGAGCCAUAUGUAAAUAGCCAUAUAUAUAUAUAUAGUCCAUAUAUAGCCCAUGUAGAGUUUUAUAAAUUGAAAUUAUACAGAGUUUCAUUUAUGUGGAUUACCUCUGAAAGUAUUAACUUUUUUCAGAUUUUUAUUUUUUUUUUUGAACAUUAUUACAAAACUAUUAUAUGUAUUACCCCUAUUUUUGGAGAUGAAUUGAUUACUUACUUUUAAUUUUCAAAUAGCAAUCUAUAUAAAAAAAAUUCCGUAAUAAAUUAAUUUUAAAUUAAUUUUGGUAUUGACAUUUUUGAUUUUCAUUGACUCCUUGAAGAGAUAUUCUACUUUUAAAAUUAAGCAGAGGAAGUAGUAGGCUUUAUUAAAACAACCUGCAUUAUGCUGCCACAUAAUCAAAGCUUCAGUACUCUAUCCUAUCCAAACUUAAAAGUGGAAUAUCUUGUCAAUGGGUUAACUGAAAUAAAUAAAUUUCAUCAUUUAUUUAAACUAAUAUUAAAUCUAUUUAUGAAAUGUUUAUAUAGUUAAUUAUUUAAUCAAAAAUAAGUCGGUUUACCUCCAAAAAUAAUUGUGGUAAAUAAAUAAUAAAUAAUGGUAAUUUCAGAGCUGUUUAAGCUCAAUUUUAAAGCUUACAAUUUUAUUUUAAAUUGUUAAAGAAAAAAAUUGAAAAUUAAUAUCUUUCGUAAUGAUGAGUGUCUUCAUUUAAAUGGAUUACUGUCAACUUGUAUAGUCCUAUUAUCAUAAUAUAUUAAUAACAUGUCAAAUUUAUAGUUUACUACAACUUGGAAGAUGACAAUGAGGAGUUUAUCUAUAUCAACAUUACACUGUUCAAGAAAAACUUUGACCGCGAUUGGGAGAUCAAAGUGAGUAUCCUUGACACAACUAGGGAAGAGGGGAUGAGGAGCGUAACCUCCCCAAAAUUACUAAUAGCUUCCCCAAAAUAAAUAAUAUUUCAUAUUUUCUUGAAUUUAAUGAAGAAUAAGGAUUUUAAAUAUUUCUGUUACUAAAACAAAAUAUAUGGAUGUAUAUUAUCAUACAUAAUAAUUUAAAAAAAAAAAAAAUGUUUAACUACUCAAUGUCAAGAACUUCACUUAAUUUCUGUAGUUAUGCUAUUAUAGUUCAUGUAUUAACCAUAACACAAAUUAAUUUAUUUCGCAUAAAUUGUUUAUAAAUAGAACAUAGUAUAUCAUGGUAAUAAUCAGUAACAUAUCAACUUCUGUAUCCACUUCUUCGACUCAUGUUGUAGCCACUAUUAUUGCUGUUUGAUCUCGCACUUUUCAUCAUUUCUUUUAAUAUGUCAUUAUGGAUUACUGAAAUAAAAAGUAUUUUGGCCUUAUUCAACUUCAAUAAAAAAAAGCCAAUCAAAUUCAAAUAAUGUUCAACCCUGCUUUGACACAAAGAUUAAAAUGGCUGUGUUUAAAAAUGUUUAUUGUAUUGAUAAAGAAAUAAUUAGUUUUUAUCAUCAACGUACAUUUUCUGCUAUGAGGCAAAUAAAUGCCUACUUGAGGUCUACAAUAGACUUAGAUCAUAUACAAUGGAUUGAGCCACAGCUUAUAGAUUACAUAUAAUAUCAAUGAUGUACAUGUUAGCAGUGCCAGCGACUAGUCCCAUAUUUAUCUCAUAUUUUCAUCAUAUAUAUUUUGUUUUUAUCUAUAAUGCAUUAUUGGUACUUUAUACAGAUUUCAGUUUAUUACCAAACCAAUAAAUUCAAGUUUUGGUUCAUUAAAAUGUAUAUAAUUAUUAUUAGUUAUUUAAUAUUUAUCACACCAUUGGGACUAGUCGCUAGUAUGCAUGCACUAUAAAGGCAAUUCACCACUACUAACAUAUACAUCAAAAUAUUGAGCUGUGGCUCCAUCCAUUAUAUAUGAUCUAAGAUAAUAGAUUAGGAUUGUUCAGUAAUUUAUCCAUAUUGAGUAUUAAAAAAUAUAUAGUAAUUGAUUCUGAAUAAAUUUUAUAAAAAUGUAAAGCUAUAAAUAAAAUUAAAAUAAAACUUUUAAGUUUUUAAUUUUCAUCAAUCUUUUUGAUUGACAAAUCAAUUUUUUUAGUAUAUGAUAAUCAUUCAAACUAAAAUAUUUUUUCAUUUGUUGUAGUAUUUAAAUUUUAAACUGUGAGGGGGUUUUGCUUCCCACGAAUAUUUGGUUCAAUAUUAAGGUAGGGCUGUAGCAAUUCCCCUUAUAUUUAGUGCUAUCUGAGUCACUGAUCAUUGAUUAGAUGGAAAUUUUCAAGACAUUUUUAUCUAUUUUUUAAAUUUGUUUGAAGGUUACACAGCUGAUGGGACAUCAAAAGGUGCCAGACAUGUGCUUUCAGUUCUUUGAAGAGAUAACGGGAAGUGUGCAGAUGACUAAUAUCACACUCAACGGUGGGGACCUAAACAGUGGCAAAAAUAACCGAAUUUGCAUUUUGCAUAAGCCACGUAUGUAA